UUAGAAAAUAGCACGAAAUAAGCAAUAUUCAAGAAAAAAGUUAAUAUGGGAAAACGAAAGACAGAAAUGAAAUGCGUUUCUUAGUUUAUCACUCGCCGGCUAGCAUCGGUCUUAUAGGCGCAAGUGCAUGAUUCAGGAUCACAUGAACUAUCCUUCUCCAGCUUGAUCAAAGACAGGAUCUAUAAUAAUUGUUAAUAAGAAAAUAAAAUAAUGAAGAAAUGAAAGUGGGAAAACGAAAGGCUGUAGAAAUAUGGCGUUAUGACAUAUUAUUUGCGAUAUCAUUUAUCUCUUGGAUUGCGGUUGGAUGUAGAAUACGGAAUCUUGCAUGUCAAAUCGAAAAGGUAUCCGAAUAGCAAAAGUAGCAUGUAGAAUAAGAAAUGUUGAAAGUAAAACAUGAAAACGAAACUUAAAUAUGUUCAAAGCUGCAGGUCAAAUACAUAUUAUUACCACAAAACCAGAAAGUACAAUGUAAAAUGUUAAGUUCGAUUUUUGGCCCCGAAUGCGCCGUAAGGAAAUGAAUGAUAUCUUUCCCAUUCAUCUCGGCUCGUUCCCAAACCCCUCGCCAGAUCCAGUAUCACGUGACCCGCCUUCUGGAAGCAGCGUCUAUAUUAUUCACAAUGGCGUCCACCGAACCACUGACUCUAGCCCGAGAUGUUAACAGAGCUAUUGAGCUUCUUCAGAAACUUCAAACCUCUGGAGACAUUCCUCCUAAGAAGUUACAGGCCCUGAAGAAAGUUCUUGAAAGUGAAUUUUGCCAGGCCAUUAGAGAGGUAUAUGAACAUGUCUAUGAGACAGUGGAUAUUCAAGGUAGUCCAGAACUCAGGGCUCAAGCUACAGCUAAGGCUACUAUUGCUGCAUUUGCCGCAAGUGAAGGUCAUGCACAUCCCAGAGUCGUAGAAUUACCAAAAACUGAUGAAGGACUUGGUUUUAAUGUAAUGGGUGGAAAAGAACAGAAUUCUCCAAUCUACAUAUCACGUAUCAUUCCUGGAGGCGUUGCCGAUAGGCAUGGUGGUCUGAAGAGAGGAGAUCAGCUUUUGUCUGUAAAUGGUGUUAGCGUAGAGGGUGAGAACCACGAACGAGCUGUUGAUUUGCUGAAGGCAGCCCAAGGCCAAGUACGGUUGGUUGUCAAGUAUACUCCAAAAUUACUGGAAGAAAUGGAAGCUAGAUUUAACAGUCAGCGUGGAUCAAAAAAGCGAUAAAUACAAGUGUCAAGAUCAUCUUUACUGACAAGACAUCACCUAUUGUAAAUGUAGUAAAUUCAUAGUCAUUUUCUGAGAUAGAGAACAUGGUGCAUUGUGGUCUGGCUUGGGUACAAACAUCUUUUGUUUAUCAUACCUUAUAUGGUGUUGUUUGUACCCAAGAUAGACCACAAUGCAUCCUGUUUAUCAAUCUAAGAAAAGGCCUAUUCAUGUAUAGGUUACUUUUAAUAGAAAAUUUUAAAUAAAUGCGGCAUCUGUCUCAAGAAACUGACUCAUCUAAUCCUUUAAUAUGUUAAUUUUAAUUCUGUAUUUUUUACAGUUGUAGGAUUUUCAGUUUAUAUCCUUUUUAUUUCAUUUUGCCAGCACUUAACUGAGACUAUUCUUUAUUCAAAUCAGGAUGUAAAACUAACUGGAGCCAAUCAGGGGAGAGCACAAUAAUUCAAAUUAGUAAAAUACCACUGUGUUCCUUGAUUACAGACUCAUUUACUCAGGGCUAUCCUUGUAUCAGUGUCUAAACGUUCACAAAUACCAAUGGUAAAGUAAAGAAUGCACAACUUCAACCAUACAAACAUUUCAAAGUUACAUGGAUCUUGACUCGAACAUUCAAAAUAAUUGUAUCAUCACUUUAUAAUCCCAUAUAAGCAACUAUUUUGUUAUUUUCAAAUUCUCUUUCGUUUCCAUUCGCAUUCUUUCAAGGGAAAACUAUGACUUAUGGAAUCAACCUAGUAUAGUUUGGGAUGAUAUAAUUAAUCUGCAAUAGGACUACAUGUCUGUCCAAUUUGGAAAUAAUUGAAUUCAAAAAAUUGAAUUCAAAAUUUUUCUGACUGCCAUGAAAUUUGACUUGGCCUAUCGGCCUCUUCCAAUUUUGUCAGUCCUCUGAAUUUUUUUCAUCCAAUUAUUUCCAAAUUGGACAGCAUGUAGUCCUAUUACCUAUACUAAUUCCAUAGGAAAUUGAGACUGACCCUGUACAACAGAAAAUUCAAAACUGAAGUAUUACUAGCAUUAAUUAUUUCACCUCACAUGCUUGAUAACUUCUAAAAUAUUUGUGAGAUAUUUAAUAAGAAUUUCUCCAUUGCUAGCUUCUGAUUGGUUUACGUUAGAAUGCUUUAUUUUUACGCUACCUACUUAUGAUUGGCUUACAUCUGGAGUAAUCCCAGUUCGGUUGUCUCAGUAAUUAUUAUCUAGUAUUUUCAUUUCCUUUAUGAUCCUGUUAUGACAUACUAUCAUUUCAGUGCGACUACAUCAACCAAGGCCACCCAAACAAAUUUUGAAUCAAAUUCACAAAUCACAUUCUUGAUAUCGAAUAAUCCAAUGAAUUGAUGAUUCUGGAUUUUAGACUGUUUCUUGUUCACUCCUGAUCAUACACACACUUGUAUAAAGUAAAAUAUAUGCUUUUGAAAGGAAAGAUGAACAUUUGUACAGAUUCUAUUGUUUGAAUACUCAAUCAUGAUUGGCUAAUAAUUGUAUGAAAACUUGUCUGGGUGGCCUUGGUUGGUGUAUUCGCACAGUAAUAAUGUUAUGAUUAAUAAUCAUAAAUAAAAUUAUUGUUUUAAUUAUAAUAUAAUAACAGACAGUAUGCAACUCUUGCAUGAAGUAGUGUAACUUUUGUUAUUCUAAUAAAGGUUUUUAACUUGUAA